UUUCAAAAAACAUCGGGGCUCAAGAGCGUUAAGGUUUGCUGAGAUAGAAAAUCGGAACAGAGUUCGAUUUGCUUUCAAGACACCCAAGGGGCUAGCGUUAAGAUGGCUUAUGAAUCAAGGGUCAUGAUAUGCUGGACCGAUAUAACUUGCAUCAGAGGCAAUCAAGGGGAGCACCAUAACUACUGUCUCUUAUGCCAUGUGCUCCCCAAUUCACGAGUUCACGAUAAGCCACUACUUCGCGAAGUCACGACCCCUCAUCUGCAUCCCAUCAUCCCAAUCCACAUCGUCCGUGCAGCUUCCCAUGCCACCGUCUGUGUCCAAGUCCGAGUCAUUCACAGCGUCUGUGCCACUGAAAGAUGGGAUCGUCCGGCGGCUCAGCGAAGACCGUGGAGUUCGGACGACGCGGUGAUCGAGCACGGCCGAGGUCGAUGGUGUUUUCAACCCAAGUUGAGGUCUAGAAUCGGGGAAUUUGACGACAUUAAAGCGACGGUAUGGGGCACCAAGUCUGACGUCCUACCAGAUGUUUGUCCUCGAUUCUCAUCGAGAAUUAAAAUACGCUGCAGCGACGCUUCCAUCUCUCAAUUCCAGACCUGGAGCUCCGCAUACUUCAGAAUCCAAGGUACAGUUCCGCAGAGCUAGAAAGAUCAGGUUGAGGCAUUGUGCCACCUUUCUUGGCUGGAGCUUGCCACUUUGUAGAAGCAUCGAAGGGCCGUGGAAGAUUCGGUUUCGAUCUGUUUCAUUGCCGAGGAUGUGUCAGCUGC